UAUGGGGCAGGGAGUCUUCCAUGGGGUGAGGGGGAUGGGGGACCCAAUGCUCAGUGGGUUGGGAUCGUGUUAUCCCAAAUAUAGGGCAGUUAUGGGGCAGGGGGUUCUGUGGGGCGAUGGGGAUGGGGGAGCCCAUGGUCAGGGGGGUUUGGGGUCGUGGUGCCCCACAUAUAGGGCAGUUAUGGGGCUGGGGGUCUUUUGGGGAAUGGGAUGGGGAACCCAAUUCUCACUGCAUUUGGGGUCUUGGUUUUGGGGCACUUAUGGGGCAGGGGUUCCUGUGGGGAUGGGGAAGCCAAUGGCUGGGGGUCUUUUGGGGUUGGGUGGGGGCACCCAAUUCUCGCAGGCUUUGGGGUCGUGGUUUUGGGGCACCUAUGGGGCAGAGGUUCUGCUUUGGGGAUGGGGAACCCAACGGUGGACGGGUUUGGGGUCCCACAUGUGGGGCAGCUGUGGGGCUGGGGGUCUUUUAGGGUUGGGGUUGGGGGCACCCAAUUCUCGCUGGCUUUGGAUCGCGCUUUUGGGGCACCUAUGGGUCAGAGGUUCCCCUUUGGGGAUGGGGAACCCAAUGGUGGAUGGGUUUGGGGUCCCACAUGUGGGGCAGCUGUGGGGCUGGGGGUCGUUUGGGGUCAUGGGGUUGGGGAACCCAAUGGUGGACGGGUUUGGGGUCCCACAUGUGGGGCAGCUGUGGGGCUGGGGGUCUUUUGGGUUUGGGUGGGGGCACCCAAUUCUCGCAUGCUUUGGGGUCGCCCUUUUGGGGCACUUAUGGGGCAGAGUUUCCCCCUCGAUGUCGGGACGCCACGCAUGGAAUCCACCCCCAACCCGCAGCGGCGCCGCGCCUCCAGCACCCAGAUUUGGGGCGGGGGUCCCAACGCCGCCCCCCCCCCAUGACCCCCCCCGCCCCCCAGGUGCUGCUCCUACGUGGGGCGGCGCGGGGGGGGCCCGCAGGCCAUUUCCAUCGGGAAGAACUGCGACAAGUUCGGCAUCGUGGUGCACGAGCUGGGCCACGUCAUCGGCUUCUGGCACGAGCACACGCGGCCCGACCGCGACCAGCACGUCGCCAUCAUCCGCGACAACAUCCAGCCAGGGCAGGAGUACAACUUCCUCAAGAUGGAGCCGGAGGAGGUGGAGUCGCUGGGGGAGACGUACGACUUCGACAGCAUCAUGCACUACGCCCGCAACACCUUCUCCAGGUGCUGCCCCACUGCGCCCCACUGCGCCCCAUAGCGCCCCAUAG